UCCGAGGAAACCUAUAAAGUUUCGAACUUUGGAGGGGACUCCCCAAGCUCUCAGAAGGAGAUCUAGCUUGUAGUGGCCUGAAACACGUUGAUAGGAUUUCUUGUAGUGAAACGUACUGGUGUCGUUGAAACAUACACUACACAAAUUCUCCAAGUUGGUUGCGAGGCGGGACGUUUGGUCGCUAAGAUGAACCCUGCGAUGAGGCGCUUUGUUUACUUUCUGGCCUUGACAUGUCUGACUCUGCGUGGGACGAACGGCGCGCCCCACGGGAGCAGGACGUACAUCGUGCACAUGGAGAGGAACACCUCCCAUCACAGCGUUCUUGAUAAAUCCGCUUGUUACGUUGGGAUGAUGCAAAGAGCCACGGAGGUCCUUGCAGAGGGCCACCCCGACGACGGCAUGGACUGCCUCCACCACGUCUACGACCACGUCUUGGACGGGUUUUCGGCCAGGCUGACGCCAGAGCAGGCCGAAUUCAUGGGAAAGAUGCCUGGCGUGAAGGGCUUGCACCCCGACGUACCCGUUCAGCUUGCUACCACCCGCAGCACGGAGUUCCUGGGAUUGGCGAGUGCGAGCGGGAGGUUGUGGGCGGACGGCAAGUCCGGAGAAGAUAUGAUCAUCGGAGUGAUCGACUCCGGAAUCUGGCCAGAGCGGUUGAGCUUCGACGACCUCUCGCUCGGGCCGAUUCCUGCGCGAUGGAACGGGGUGUGCGAGGUCGGGACCAGCUUUACGGUUUCGAAUUGCAACAGGAAGAUCAUCGGCGCCCGCUUUAUAUUCGCGGGUCGUGAAGCGGACAUAGGCAGACCCAUCGAGGACGGCGUCGAAGAUUACAAGUCCCCGCGUGAUAUGGUUGGCCACGGCACCCACUGCGCCUCCACAGCAGCUGGCAUGCACGUUGCUCGAGCAGUGAGCCCUACUGGGCUCGCCGAGGGAACGGCAGCGGGAACGGCACCCAAGGCACGAAUUGCAGUUUACAAGGCUUUGUGGGGACCGGAAGGAGUUGGAUCUACGGCUGACCUUAUAAAGGCGAUCGAUUGGGCGGUGGCGGACGGGGUCGAUGUCAUCUCGUACUCGGUGAGUGGAUCGACCGGAGAAUACUUCACACAAGAUUACCUGAUGAACAUUGCUAUGUAUAAUGCCGUCAAGCGAGGAAUCUUCUUCUCAGUAUCUGCGGGAAAUGAAGGCCCCGCCCCGGGGACGGUCGCCCAUGUGGCGCCGUGGGUCACGACAGUCGCAGCUACCACUCAAGACCGCGACAUCGACACGAAUGUUGAGCUCGGCGAUGGGACGGUUCUGAAGGGACGAUCCGACUACGACGGGACAGCGCUGGCUGAGCAAGUCCCUCUGGUCUUCGGGGGUGACAUUGCAGUCAGUGCUCUCUACGCAGACAACGCCACUUUCUGCGAGAGAGACACCAUCGAUGAGUCGAAGGCCGUGGGAAAGAUUGUACUGUGCUUCCAAGAUGACGUCGAGAGGAACCGCACGAUUCCCGCCGGCGCCGGGAUACCGCGAGUAACGAAGCGUUAG